UUAUGUGUAAUUUAAAAUACUUGAAAAUUAUAAAGUAGUGUGUAAUUUGAACAAUUCAUAAAAGUUUUCUAGUCAGACACUAACAUGUUCAUGAUUCUGCAAAUCUAUAAAUAUCCAGAAUCAAUGUUACUUUGUUCAUCACAGCUACACAACUUACCUAGAACAUUCUAUUCUAUCAUUGCUAGCUGUUACAGUUGAAAAUGAAGCAUCUCAAUCUCAUAUUUGCUAUUUGCACUAUAUUGAUGUGGGCAUGUGAUUACACAGCCAUGUCCAGAACUCUGUAUGAUGAAUCACCAUCUGUUGCCAAAACGCAUCAGCAAUGGAUGUUGCAGCAUGGCCGUUCCUACACAAAUGAUGCUGAGAUGGAGAAACGCUUCAAGAUAUUUAUGGAGAAUUUGGAAUACAUUGAGAAGUUCAACAAUGCUCCUGGGAACAAGAGCUACAAGUUGGACCUCAAUCAAUUUUCUGAUUUAACAAACGAAGAGUUUAUAGCUUCACAUACUGGACUCAAGAUUGAUCCAGCCAAACCGUCUUCUUCAUCCAUGAUGGUGUUACCUGCACCUUUGAACCUGAGUGAUACACCAACAAGCUUGGACUGGAGAGAGCAAGGAGCUGUAACAGAUGUUAAGUACCAAGGCUAUUGUGGAAGCUGUUGGGCAUUCACAGCAGUUGCAGCAGUAGAAGGCAUUGUGAAAAUUAAAUAUGGAAAGUUGAUCUCACUGUCAGAGCAACAACUAGUGGACUGUGCAAGCAAUCGGCAGUACUCGGGUUGCGGUGGGGGUUUUAUGGACAAUGCUUUCAACUACAUAACACAAAAUGGUAUUGCAAGUGAAACCAAUUAUCCAUACCAAGGAGUUGCUGAAACAUGCCAGAACAAUGAGAUGAUCACACCCACAGCUCAAAUAAGCGGCUUCGAAUAUGUUCCUGCAUACAAUGAAGAGCAACUGCUGCUAGCAGUGUCACAGCAACCGGUGUCGGUUGCUAUUGCUAUUGGUUAUGAAUUUAAAUCAUACAGGGAAGGCAUUUAUUCAGGAACAUGUGGAUAUCGCCUCAACCAUGCGGUCACUUUAGUAGGUUAUGGGACAAGUGAAGAAGAUGGCACUAAGUACUGGCUGAUCAAGAAUUCUUGGGGUGAGAGGUGGGGCGAGAAUGGCUACAUGAGGUUGCUCAGGGAAAGUGGUCAACCUGAGGGUCAUUGUGGCAUUACUAUUAUGGCUUCUUAUCCCACUAUGUGAAUGAAGACUUC